AUGCAAGCUGGUGUGCAGACUGACGGAAUUGCCGAGGCUAGGCGAGGCGACAGGGCUGCAAAUUUCGCUACGUCGGGGAAAAUUCGCCUAGAUGGGCAGCCCAAGUGGCUCGUUGUUCGCCAGCUUUGGUUGUGGAAGCUUGAUGACGAUACCCUUCUAACGGCGAUUCCGUUCCGCAGAAAUGAGCAUUCGUCGGACAACUUGAUCGAAACAAUUCGCCAGGGAGACUUGGGGGCAAUGGAAAACGUAAAUGAUCUUGUCAAGCGCAUCGUGUUUGAAGCCGUGACCUUCCCAGACGAGUUUAAAUGGGCGGGGCUAGGCGAGCACAUACUAGACAUCUUUGAAGAAGAGAUUGCACUCGAGGCGGACAAGGAGACAACCUUCUUCCACACUUUUGCUCACUCUGAUUCGACGCCUCGAGCUGCCGCCAAUGACACCAUUAUCAAGGACGCCGCCUCCUCCACCCUCCUAGUCAAGGAUAUCCGUUCUGAGCUUCGUCUCCUUCGUAACCUUUUCACCGUGCAACUACAGGUAGUCCAGGACCUUGCCAAAGAGUUUUGGCCACACGAUGACUCCCGCUACACUCUAGGUGCGAGUUCGACCGCUCGAAAAGCACUGAGAGAAGGGUUCAUCCGUGACAGCGGCCUCCAUACCCUGAUCGAGCGCGUGGAUAACCUUGACAAGGACGCAUCAGCAACACUAGUAGGGCUUGGCAAUAUUAUCCAGGCCAUGCAGGCACAGGCUUCGCUGAAAGAGGCGGAGUCUGCGAGACUCAUGAACCUCAUACUUUUGCCCUUUACGAUCGUCACUGUCAUAUUUACACCCCUUUCCUUCCUAACAAGCUUGUUUGCCGUCAACACCACCAACUUCCCGACGAACGAUGAUGGAGAGGUCCGGCUCACCCCGGCCUACUUUAAUUUGAGAAUGGUGGUUGGGGAACUUUCCAGCCUACUACCUCUCGCCUUGCUUAUCCUUGGGAUAUAUCGGUAUCAAGCCGAAGCUCGGAAACCCACCCACGAGCGGAGUUGGAUGUUCAAGGCUAUGGACUGGGUGCGACGAUUGCCCUCAAGGGCGGACAGGCUAAAGGAGGAGGCUUCUACGGUGUAG